AUGAAGGAUUUUCAUAUUACGCACAUCUGUGCCACCAUAUUGAGUGUGGCGCUUGUGGCACAGAGUCUCCUGUUCUUCAAGGACAAAGACAAGGAUUGUUCAUUGCUCUCAUGUGGCAAAGAUGGGAAGCCGGGGCAAGAUGGAGACGAUGGACCCAUGGGUGAGAAGGGUGAAAAGGGUGACCAAGGACUCAUUGGUGAGAGGGGACCUGAAGGACCACCUGGAAAUCCUGGAAAGAAAGGAGAACUGGGUGAACCAGGGGCAAAGGGAGAGAAAGGUGGAUCUCCAGCUUCAGAAUCUCUCAUAAGUCGAGUAAAUGCGCUGGAGCUACAACUUGAACAUUUGCAAUCAGCCGUAGCGGUACAGUUGAAAGCCCUGACCUUCUCUAGAGGGACAUUUAGCGGGAGGAAGAUCUAUAUGACCAACGGCGUGUUCAUGAAUUAUAAAGAAGGAGUCCAGACUUGUACGAAGGCAGGAGGCCAGUUGGCUUCCCCGCAGAACCAAGCAGAGAACGACGCGGUGUUAGCACUCUCUUUGGAGAACAAGAAAUCGCCUUUCCUCGGAAUCAAUGACUUUCAUGUUGAAGGAACCUUCAGGUACCCAAACGGAGAGGUCAUUUCCUACACAAACUGGAGUCCAUCCGAACCCAACGACCAACAAGGAAACGAAGACUGUGUGGAAAUGUACGACGACGGAAAGUGGAACGAUAAGAAUUGUCAUGAGAAACAACUUAUUAUAUGUGAAUUCUUUUAG